UUUUCCGAAUAAUUUCCGAAUAUUUAACGAAUACUAACGUCCCUCUUUCGAAAAUGGCUUCAUUGGUCGGAUAAAAGUCCAGUUUCUAGUUUGUUUCUUGGUUGAGAGGACUYUGAAGAGGCAUGAAUAUUUAAAAGUGGACGUAUCACAACAGGGAUCGUGUAAUUACCCUUCCAAAGCAUCUGAAAUGGCGUCUACAUGGAGACCAAAUCCCAAUGCAAAGCCAUUUGAACCAAGUUCAUCAUUCUACACGAUUCCUAUCCCCUGUCGACGUUCAGCUUAUAGAAUACGAAAACGAGGACUGUUAGGACGAAUUGUUCAAUGGAUUUUAGUGAUUAUACUUUGUGUUACAGUUGUUAUUAAUGUUAUAUUUAUUUUGGAUACAACGUCGAAGGCUCGUGAAAAUAUGAAAGAUCCACUAGCAAGCAACGUUCUUCCAAAAGAUACAGUUGUGGUCAAAGAUACACAAGGUGAUAAGCACAAAAUCCGUAUUGAAGUUUAUUCAAGUAAAGAAUCUGGAGUUAUUUCUGUUGAUGGCUCAAAGGUGUUUGAAGCUUCUGAUCCAGAAAAAGGACGUGGUAUUAGUGUUAUAGUUUUAAAUCAAGCAACUGGUGCAGUCAUGGCAACGAGAACAUUUGAUACAUACUCAUCCAAAGAAGACUCAGAAGCGUUGGUGCUUUUUGUUAACAUGGUGUCAGAUGGUAGAAUUUUAUGUUUUACACUCAAGGAUGAGGCAUCGCUUUCUUUGAAAACAACUGCCAGAAACUUAAUGAAAACAUUAGGCAGUGAGAACUUUGGCCGUUUAGGCUGGAGAGACACAUGGGCAUUUGUUGUUCAAAAGAAAGGCAAAGUCUACGCUGAAGGUUUCCAGAAAUCCAAGUCAGUUAAUACAUGGGCAGAUCCUGUAUCAGUAGAACUGUUAUUCCCACUACAGUCAGUGGAAGUUAGUGAAUGUCAAUGGGAGGAUACUAAAGCAAAUAGAAGAAGAAAAGACUUCUGUAGCAAGUAUGAAGGAUAUGGAAGUGUGUGUAGCUGUUCAAAUCCUGCUGACAUUGAAAUUAAGUCUGAACCACUACCAAACAAUCAACACGUGGAGCUACCAGUAGCAGUUAUUGCAAGCAACAGACCUCACUAUUUGUACAGAAUGCUGCGAUCCAUGCUGUCAUCUCAUGGAGCUCAAGCUGAUAAAGUUACUGUGUUUAUUGAUGGUUUUUUUGAUGAGCCAUUGGCUGUUGCUAAGCUGCUUGGCUUGAGAGGAAUCCAGCAUACACCUGUUAGCAGUAAAAAUGCUAGAAUAUCUCAGCAUUACAAAGCCAGUUUAACAACUACAUUCAACCUUUACCCAAAUGCCAACUACAUGAUAAUAUUGGAAGAAGACUUAGACAUAUCUCCAGAUUUAUUCAACUAUUUUAAACAAUUGCUUCCUUUGAUGGAUGAAGAUGACAGUAUUUAUUGUAUCUCUGCAUGGAAUGACCAGGGCUAUGAUCAUUCUGUUGGGGAUAACUCUAUGCUUUAUCGUAUUGAAACCAUGCCUGGAUUAGGCUGGGUACUAAAACGUAAACUAUACAAAGAAGAGCUAGAGCUGCAAUGGCCAACACCUGAUAAAUUUUGGGACUGGGACAUGUGGAUGCGUUUGCCUGAAAUACGAAAAGGCCGAGAGUGCAUAAUACCAGAUAUCUCACGUACUUACCAUUUUGGUACAAAAGGACUCAACAUGCAUCCAUAUUUCCAGGAGAUGUAUUUCAAGAAACAUGCUUUGAACACUGAACCCAAUGUUAAACUGAAUGUGCAAAUGAUGACGAAACAAAAUUAUGAAAAUGAGAUGGAAAGAUUGCUCAACACUGCAGAAGUACUAGAUCACACCAAGACACCAUGCGCCAACACAGACUUUAUACCAGAUACUAAGAAAAAAACUUAUGUAUUUUAUAUUAAAAUGGACCAUCCAACUGAUUGGACUACAUGGAAUAGCAUAUCAAAGUGCUUCCAUAUAUGGGACCUUGAUGUUAGGGGUUUUCAUAAGAGCAUGUGGCGGUUAUGGUUGAAAGGAAAUCAUAUAUUAAUAGUAGGGCAUCCUGCCUCACCAUACUCCAAACAUAAGCCUUCCAAAGUAACACCUAUCUUUAUUCCAAAGAAAGAGCCUCCAAAGAAAAAAUAAUGUUAAUUAAUUUAGGAUUUUAUAUAACUUAUGCAUGUACAUACUACUGUAAUCACUCUGUGACAAAACUACAGCUUGCAAGAAAAUAUAGAUAAUGAACUCUAGUAAAAGAAAACCUUUUAUAGUUAUAAUGACACUAUUUGUACAGUCUAUACAUAUAGGGAAUUAUAUAGGAAUAAGAUUUGUAACAAAUACCACCACCAUUGACUGUGACUGGUUCUAGUAGCGCUGAAUAACACUAUCUAGUUACUUAAUGGUAACUUAGUGGUAAUUGACUAAGGCAUUAUCAAGCAAAUAAAAUCCACACAAAAUC